UGUUUGGUAAAUCGUGCGGAAGACGCCAGCCAAGUAGGCCUAGCUCCCUAAAGUGGCUAAAGUUUUCUUGUUCAUAGCCCGGACUUCCGCAUUUACUUAUGCCGAAGAAACUUCAACACUGCUUUUGGACCGUCUUUUUUCCAUGUAAGGCUGGUGUGAUCCAAGGCGAGUGCAGCAGAGAAUGAGCAUUUUGACGAGCGCUGUCACUUCCGCUGACGUUUGUGUACAUUGACCCCAGUUUGACCCCGGGACCAGAAUGUGGUGGAGACCUUGUUGUCUGUGCUUGGUGAUGGCACUGGUGGCGCAGUGCAGCAAGGGGCAGUCUGCGGAUGCCGUGGAGGAAGUGCCGAUACCCAGCUACACGAUAGAAUCCAAGUACUCCCCCUUGCACGCUCUCGCCGUGGACAAGAAGAGGGGCAUGUUGUACGUAGGUGGGCGUAACGUCUUGCUGCAGCUCGACCGCAACAUGAGUCUGGUGAGCCGCGUGAAUCGGGGUCCGGUGCGCUUUGACAGCUCAUGUGCGCCCAACUCGCUGUGUGAGGGGGGCACCCUCCAGCCAAAUGACUUCAAAGUGGUAGUGGUGAGCAAGGUGAAGGACAAACUGCUGGCGUGCGGCUCGGCUCACCAGGGUUUGUGCAGCGUGCACAGCCUCAGUAACAUAUCGGCAAUGGAGGAGUUGAGGGGGAGCACCCUGGGACGGCUGGUGGCGGGUCGCAAGUCUUCGCUGGUACUGCUGGGAUCUGCGGGCAAGGAUUUCCCCUUCGAACUGGCUUAUGUGUUUCAGGAGUACGAUGGCAGGGCACCUGAGUACACCCCUCAUCAAAUGUCGAUCAGGAAGUUUUUCCUUAACGGGACCCACUACAGUAUGCAUUACCUCCAAGACGACAAAGCUACAAGUGAAUUUUCUGGCCUGGGGAUCAGGGCAGAGUUUCUGUCAAACUACUACAUGUCUUUCGUGUACACGUUUGAGUAUAAAAACUACCUGUACGUUGUCAUGAACCAGCAGAGAAAAGUCACCUUCCCAAAUCUGGUCCGCGUUAAAAUCGGAAGGAUUUGCAGCAGAGACACUCUUCUCUCUUCGUACAUCGAGACAGAGCUGAAGUGCCAUUAUGGCACAGAGGACUUGCUUUACAACAAGGCCCAGUCAGUGGUGAUGAGUGACGGUCGCCUGUACCUCACGGCCGUCCAUCUCAAGUCCGGGACUCGCUUUCAGAUCGACGACAGUCGUGGAACGGCCUUGUGCGUGACGCAGAUGUCCGUUAUCGAGGAUGCUUUCAUUGAGGGAAUCUACUCCUGCUACCAAGGCCAGGGCAACAGGCUGGAUUGGAACCGUGGGCCAGGAGUCAGGUGCAAACAGCAGCAGAGCUUCAUGACGGAAAUAAUGGAAGGAAACUUUUGUGGCAGUCCUGAUAAUGCUGGCAUUGAGUCUUCCAAAGAAGUGAUCAUGGAUCAUCUGGCUAGCUUUGGCACCAUCACCACUGCUAUGACUGCCGUGCAGUCAAACAAGACCCAGACUCUGCUGGCGCUUGGCGACAUUGACGGGAACAUCCGCAAGGUUUUCCACCAAAUACACACCUAUGGAACCCGGGAAGUCUCGAGUGUCCAUCAGGUUCUGGUGUACAAGGUCAGCCCCAAACCCAUCGGGCAGGCAAUGAAUGUCGACAGAGAUGGACGAUUGAUCGUCACAACUGGUGACAAGCAUCAUUUGUGAAACCAAGUCAGCGGCAGAGGAAACAUCUGGCUUGGUGAUCGUAGACGUGAAAGACUCGAUUGCCAUGUCUAAACGGCCGUACCAGAUUUACGGAUUUACGCCCUCUCCCGAGCCUUUUCACUUCAAGAAGCCGAUCAUCUCAACAUUUGAGCCCCAGCGAGGACCCCGAGCCGGGGGCACAAACAUCACGAUCCGAGGCAGAAACCUGGACGUCGGGACCAGUAUCCGGGUUGUAAUAGCCGAUCACGCCGAGUGCAAAAUCAUUCCUGGCAGCGUGAACUCCACUCAAGUCUCGUGCACCACCAAGCUGUGGCGGAAUUCGGCGCGCUCCCGGAAAAGAAAAAGUGUUUCGGAAAGGGCCCACGUCUCUGGCUCACUGGAGGUGUCGAUCGAUGCGGCGAAAAUAGUCCCCGCCAAGAACGGACAACUGAUACCGUUCUACUACAUGCCCAACCCGGAAGUGAACAACUUCCACCCGAAGAGGUCUUUCGUCAGCGGAGGACUGCCUAUCACCGUCAGGGGAUCGAACCUGGAUGCAUCAGUGGCGCCUCAGCUGAGGGGAACCUACGGCAAUCCUAAUGACAACCUCGACAGCUCAGCGAUUUGUGAAACUCAGGACGACGGACAAGUCAUGAUUUGCCCGUCAAUGAAUGUCACAAAAGUUACGGGACUCCGCGUCAUAGAGCGACCUCCGGAAGUAGUUCAUGUGUACUUCCUCUUUGACGGCUACAAAGUUCCUUCGGAUCACGUGCUGUCAGAUUUUAGCACUUUUCAGUACUACAACGACCCCAAGUUCAGCCCCUUUCCAAAAACGGUGAAGGAGUUUGACGUCAGCGAAAAAGAGAUCUCGUUCUUUGGAAAAAAUUUCAUCGGCAUCAAGACCACCGUUCACAUUUUCAUCGGAGGAAAGCUGUGCAACGUGACAAGUGUGAUGGAGGAUGAGCUGAAGUGCACGCCGGACUACACGGACCUGAGUGUCGGGGAGGGAAAGAAGUACUUGGUGGAGGUUCAAGUUGGAAAUUUGGUCUUCAACAACUCGGAUAUUGGCUAUGUUGAGUACCGCAAAUCUGUGGCCGAUGCUACGGUUUCCACGGUGGUGGUCACCCUUUGCGUGCUGAUCGCAGUCCUCUUCAUCUUUGGCAUGAUCAUGUUGUGUCUCAUGAAGAGGCAGCGCUGCGGAUUUUUCAAUUAUACGGACGGAGGGAUUUAUGGAGCUUCAGCCAGCCCGUACCAGGCGACGGCCCACAUCGAUGAGGAGACGCUGCACCUCAUUGUCUCGGAGCACCUGCUCGUUAACCGGAAGUAUCUCACCUUGGCUGAUGAAAUUGGCAAAGGCAAUUUUGGGUGUGUCAAGCGAGGAUUCUUGACCAUGCCAAAUCAGAAGGGAGACAUACUGGUGGCGGUGAAGACUCUGCACGAUAACAACCCCCGAGACAUAGAACUACAGAGUUUCCUGGAGGAGGCGUUGCGCAUGAAAGACUUCAACCACCCCAACGUCCUUGACCUUAUUGGCGUCUGCCUGGACCUGGACGAGAUGCCGCUGGUCGUGCUGCCCUUCAUGAAGCAUGGGGACCUCCACACUUACAUCCGAGACGAAAAAAAUCAACCCACAAUAAAGGAUUUGAUCAUGUUUGGCAUUGAUAUCGCCAAAGGCAUGGAAUAUUUGGCCAGUCUCAAGUUUGUUCACCGUGAUCUCGCAGCUAGAAAUUGCAUGCUGGAUGAAGAGUUCCACGUGCGAGUGGCGGACUUUGGUCUGGCCCGCGACAUCUACGAGAAGGAGUAUUACAGCUCGGCCAACAAGAAGGCCAAGCUUCCUGUCAAGUGGAUGGCCAUUGAAAGCUUGGAGAAGGGAAACUACAGCGCCAAGUCUGAUGUGUGGUCGUAUGGCAUAGUCCUGUGGGAACUCAUGACUCGCGGCCUCGUACCCUACCCAGGGGUAGACAACUGGGACAUCAUUCGCUACUUGAAGGCCGGCCGACGCAUGCCGCACCCAAACUACUGCCCAGAUCCUCUGUACCAGAUCAUGCUGCAAUGCUGGCAAGAGGAGCCCGAAGAGCGACCCUCCUUCGGCAAGCUGGUGGACGACAUCACCACCAUGAUCGACCAGAUAGAGCACCGUACGGGCGCGCACCGACGGAACAUACAAUCCACGUACGUGAACGUCAACGAGUGCAACCACUACCACUACCGCGACGAGGUGCCGGGGAUGGGCGGGGCCGAACCCAGGCCCAUUGUUGUUCGUCCCUCGGAGAGCGAGAAAGAGAACGAUGACGUGUUUGAAGAAGGGCCGAAACCGAAGGAAGACACGACCUGCUGAAGGUCACAGACUUCUGUGGGGGGGGGGGAUAAUAAUAUGUCCAUGAGGGGAUUUUGAGAAGAUUUGAGAUUGCUUUAUAUUUCAGUUACAUGGAAUUUGAUUUAGCUGUACAAAAUUGGAGUUGUGCGGGUGUCAAACUUGUGGAUGUGUAAGACAUAGCUGCUUCCGAGCAGGGUCCGGAUGAAUUGAUGAACAGUUUUGGUUUAUAAUCCAUGAGAAUAAUCUGUGAAAUUUUUCGGCUUUCCAGGAAGCAUACAGUGCAUGCUGUGGUUCACAUGUGCUAAAACAUUAACAAAGUAAUACGAUCUUUCG